GUGUUCAUCCAGCACGGCUCCACCAUCAGCCUCCUCUGCGAGGUGCGGGCGGGCGUGGAGGCGGUGGGGCCCGUGCAGUGGCUCCGGGGCUCCACUCCCCUCAACUACAGCUCCCCGAGAGGCGGCAUCAGCAUGGAGGUGGAGAAGACGCCCACGCAGACCACUUCGAAGCUGUACAUCACGCGGGCGGUGCGCGGCGACUCCGGGAACUACACGUGCGCGCCGCAGUUCGCCCGCCCCGACUCCGUCAUCGUGCACGUGGUCAACGCUGGCGAAGAGUCUGCUGCAGCCGUGCACAGCGGCGCCGCGAGGGGGCCAGAGGGGCGCCUGCUGUGGAGGGCAACUGCAGCAGCCGCCGCCGUCGUGCUGGCCACCUGCGCCCUGCCCGGCCUGCGGUGAGGAGCUGCGGUCAAAAGUUGCGUCGUGUACAGUUUGGAAUGUCUCUCGUCCCUCCUUGCCCUCAUCUAACAGGUGCGGUUGUUUAACACUGUACUCCCUCUCCCAGCGUGUGUUGAUAAGGGUGACGUGUGCAGAAUCGUAACUGGCAUCUUGACUCCUUCCCCAUCCCUCGCCACCUACCUCCCCGAGAGCCUCGCUGCUCUCUCUUCCGAAGCACGGGACUUCCCUCCGCAUCCCCAGGGCGCCAAGAGCCUUUCCCAGUUCCCCAGGGAGCAGCAGGGCCCUUAGGACUCGCGGCUCCUCCUAGACCUCAAAACCCCUUCCAUCAGUGCUCCCUCAGGCCAGCAGGAGCAGAG